AUGGCCGCCGAGAAGCCCGAUAAGAAGGAGAAGAAGGACAAGAAGAGAAGCGACGAGUCCGGCGUCUCCAAGUCCAAGAAGGAGAAGAAGGAGAAGAAGGAUAAGAAGGACAAGAAGGAGAAGCUCGCCGCCGCCCUUGAGGAGAAGCUCCAGCAGGAUGCCCCCGUCGCUGCCGCUGCCGCUGCCAACAUGGACGAGGACUCUGAUGCUGAUGAGGAGAAGGCCGCUGAGCUGCCUCUUGAGCGCACUGUCGUUCCCUUCGCCCUCCCCGUGGCGGAUGAGAAGGGCAUGAAGAAGGUCUACAAGACCAUCCGCAAGGCUGCCAAGAACAACACCCUGAAGCGCGGCGUCAAGGAGGUCGUCAAGACUCUCCGAAAGUCUCCCCCUUCCGCCCCCGGCAACACCUCUUUCCCCGGCGUUGUCAUCAUCGCCGGCGACAUCUCUCCCAUGGACGUCAUCUCUCACCUCCCCGUGCUGUGCGAGGACCACAACGUGCCCUUCAUCUUCGUCACGUCGCGCGCUGAGCUCGGCGCUGCCGCCAAGACUAAGCGUCCUACAUCCGUGGUCAUGAUCAUGGAGAAGGCCGAGGGCAAGAAGUCAAAGGACAAGUCUGCUGACAAGGACGGCGAGGAUGAUGGUGAGGCGUUCGGCGAGAGCUACGCGUCCCUCGUCAAGUACGUGCAGAAGGAGUAUGGCAAGCAGGCUUUCUGGGUCAAGGGUGGAACCAAGUACUAG